CGUUCCCACAAGGCAGCAGGAGCAGAGAGCAGCCAUUGCUGUGUCUGGCAGCAGGAUUACACAGUAGUGAAGAAGACAUCCAGCAGCCGUCCCUGUGUGUCUGGUUGACUGAGGAGGACCAAGAGCCCCAUCACGGUGCCUCCACCUCACUCACUGAUACAUGAGAGACACAAUGACCAAAAGAGCUUGGAACUCACCAACAAGAUCAUUCAGCUGCUGACUGGAGAGGAGGUGGAGUGUAUAGAGAAACACAGGGGUCUGUACAAGGACGUGAUGAUGGAGAAUCACCAGCCCCUCACAUCACUGGAUGGUCCCAGUAACAGAGAUACCCCAGAGAGAUGUCCCCGUCCUCUGUAUUACCAGGAUUGUACAGAGGAGAAUCACAGGAUACCACAGGAGGAUCAGGUAGAACUUCUGUCUGAUAUUAAAACAGAACAUACAGAGGGUGAAGAGACGUAUGUGACUGAUAUAAAGGCAGAAGAUACAGAGGGAGAAGAAGAGACGUAUGUGACUGAUAUAAAGGCAGAAGAUAUAGAGGGAGAAGAAGAGACGUAUGUGACUGAUAUAAAGGCAGAAGAUAUAGAGGGAGAAGAAGAGACAUAUGUGACUGAUAUAAAGGCAGAAGAUAUAGAGGGAGAAGAAGAGACGUAUGUGACUGAUAUAAAGGCAGAAGAUAUAGAGGAAGAAGAAGAGACGUAUGUGACUGAUAUAAAGGCAGAAGAUAUAGAGGGAGAAGAAGAGACGUAUGUGACUGAUAUGAAGGCAGAAGAUAUAGAGGGAGAAGAAGAGACGUAUGUGACUGAUAUAAAGGCAGAAGAUACAGAGGGAGAAGAAGAGACGCAUGUGACUGAUAUAAAGGCAGAAGAUAUAGAGGGAGAAGAAGAGACGUAUGUGACUGAUAUAAAGGCAGAUGAUAUAGAGGGAGAAGAAGAGACGUAUGUGACUGAUAUAAAGGCAGAAGAUAUAGAGGGAGAAGAAAAGACGUAUGUGACUGAUAUAAAGGCAGAAGAUACAGAAGGAGAAGAAGAGACGUAUGUGACUGAUAUGAAGGCAGAAGAUAUAGAGGGAGAAGAAGAGACGUAUGUGAAUGAUAUAAAGGCAGAAGAUAUAGAGGGAGAAGAAGAGACGUAUGUGACUGAUAUAAAGGCAGAAGAUAUAGAGGGAGAAGAAGAGACGUAUGUGACUGAUAUAAAGGCAGAAGAUAUAGAAGGAGAAGAAGAGACGUAUGUGACUGAUAUGAAGGUAGAAGAUAUAGAGGGAGAAGAAGAGACGUAUGUGAAUGAUAUAAAGGCAGAAGAUAUAGAGGGAGAAGAAGAGACGUAUGUGACUGAUAUAAAUGCAGAAGAUAUAGAGGGAGAAGAAGAGACGUAUGUGACUGAUAUAAAGGCAGAAGAUAUAGAGGGAGAAGAAGAGACGUAUGUGACUGAUAUAAAGGCAGAAGAUAUAGAGGGAGAAGAAGAGACGUAUGUGAGGGGUGAUCAGCAGUGUAAGGAGGAGGAGAUCCCUACAGAUAUCAGCCAGAGGCUCUUCCUGGCCCCGGAAAAAGUUACAGCAGUGGAUACACCACUUGCUCAGCAGUCAUCAUGUGUCUUUACAUUCGGCCAUGCAAGCAUUUGGAUCCAUGGUCUCCAGCUUCCACAUGGUGAAGUACGCCCAGUUCCACUCCAGGCCUCUACAACACCUGAUCCUGACCUGGAUGAAUGGACAACCACAUCAGUUCAGGUCCCAGACGAUAAUCCUCUCUCAGAAGGUCAGACUGUCUCUAGUCUGAUGGCUCCAGACGGCACAUCUGAACAAGGAGCGACCCUUAUGGAUCCUGGAUUGGGUACUGCUUACCACGGAUGCCAGUCUCCAGAUGGGGCACAGUAA